AUGAUGAGAGCCACCGAAAAGAACUACGCCGAAAUUGAGUUUUUGCUUGCCCGCCGUAGCAGCUCAGCCACCCCUUCGCGUGUCGACAGCACCAACAGCACCCAAUCUGGCCUCAACACCCUCACCCCAACUCGCAAAGUAGUAGGCAUGCCUGCCGCCACGGCCACCGGUCAGCUCGAGCUCAACAAAAAAUGGGAACUUGAUCGAUCCAAGAUUGUACUCAAACAAAAGCUUGGUGAAGGCCACUUUGGCGUCGUUUAUGCUGGUGAGGCAAAGAAAAUCAUGCCGGACCAAGCCGUGACGCCCGUGGCUAUCAAAAUGCUGCAAGACUCCAGCUCCGAGGCCACCAACGAUUUUAUGAAGGAAGUCAAGAUCAUGCAGACCAUUGAUGGCGACCAAAAAAUUGUCCGACUCUUGGGUAUUUGCACUCGCGAAACACCGUUCCUGAUGGUGUUGGAGCUGAUGGCCAAGGGUGACUUGAAGACCUUGCUUCGCAACUCCCGCCCCAAAACCUCAAAGCCGUCAGCACUCUCCCCUCGCCGCCUGGCCCUCAUCGCUGCGGACGUGGCCGAUGGCAUGGCUUACAUUGCCGGUCUGCGCAUUGUGCACCGUGAUCUUGCCGCUCGCAACUGCCUCGUGAAAGACAACUGGGAAACUCGCAUCGGUGAUUUUGGCCUUGGUCGUGACACUUAUACCAGCGAGUACUACAAGAUGCAAGGCUCCAACCCCCUACCCGUCCGCUGGAUGUCCCCGGAGGCCAUUGAAGAUGGCGUCUACACCACACAAUCUGAUGUCUGGUCAUAUGGCAUUGUCAUUUACGAGCUCGUGACUUUUGCCAAGAUGCCCUACGCUGGAUUGAGUAACAUGGAGGUCGUUGAACGCAUUACCGAUGGAUACCGCAUGCCCCAGCCCAAGGAAUGCUCGGACGAAUUCUACGCGCUCAUGACCCGCUGCUGGGAUGAACCCGAGGAUCGCAUCAGCUUCAAGGAACUGCAUGAAAAGACACUUCUUCCUCACCGUUUUUGUCGCACGACCCAGUUUACUGCGCUAGCGGCGACGCUUUCUGAUGAACCCAUUCGCAAGCAAAAGCGCAACGGCAGUCGCGAGCCCACUUCACCGGGUGUUGACGAUGUGGAUGCCGAACCUGAGGCAGCGGCAUCGAGCCCUGCUCCACCUGCAACUGCAAUUGCAGGCAGCAGCGAUUAUGAGCCACCUCAAGAUGCUUCACGUACUGGUGCUGGCAUGCCGGCCCAAGCAGGGGGUGGGGAUAGCGAUGACGAAGACACGGUUCCUUCUGCCUAUGGCGUGCAUUAUCAGACACAGUCAAGCGCACAGGACUCUGCCGCCAAUUCAGCCAUGUACACGGACACGAGGCUCCAGGGACUCUCGAAUAUGCAAGCAGCCAUUGCCAAGGCUCAGGAAGAAUCGGAGGUGCAAGAUAUUGUCCGAACGAGUGGAUCAACCUCAACUCUACGCUCACGUCAAGCCCAAGAGGAGCUGGCCCUGCAGGUCGACACCAAUUCCAACGUCAAGCCCCGUGACCAUCGUCCGUCCUUUGGUGCCGCCGCUGCUAUGCGCAGCCAAUGGGAAACCAUGGCAAAGGUAGAAGAGGAGAAGGCUAAUGACCCAGCCACGGUAGCUGCGCGAAAGCAGAAAGAAAAGGCCGACAAGGACGCUGCAAAGUUGGCCCGCAAGAAGAGCCGCCGCCGUAGUAAGGGUGUCGACGCUUCUCAGAACAAGGAUGCCGUGGCCAUGGCUCAAGAAGAGGCCGCUGCCAAGGCUGCGACAGGCCCCACCCCAGCAGCAGAGGGUGCGCCAGAACUGGUGCGCAGUAGCGAAGGAGUAUUGGACUCGCUAGCAGCUGUCAGUCGGGCCACAGGCACGUCCUACGAUGCCGGAGGCACUGAAGUCGUGCCCUCGCGCAACCACUUGGCCAACGACAAUUCGCGCACGGCUGCGCAAUCAGCCAUGCAUCGCGAGAACAUGCGGCGUCAAGCUUUGAAGGACAUGCAAGCUUGGAUCGACGCCGUAAUCGGCGAUUACACUGAGGGUGAAACCCUUUAUGAGGUACGUGUGGCCAUGGGGAGCGAGGAGGAGCCUGCGGUUCGCGCUCUAGCGACUAGCUUCAGGCACUUCAGGCGCGACAUGUGAUCGUUGAGUGCCACGUGCUUGUUGCGUGUGUGCCUGUUGUGUUCUGCUUCUGCAUUGCACCCUUUUAAACAGCACGGGUCUGCUUUUCGCAGUCAGCCCUCUUGGCGUGAUUGCUUGGCAAGUCGUGUGGCUGUGGCCAGUCACAGCUCUUUCUUCCUGCUAUCUGAUCCCUGCCUGUCUUCUACUCACCACUCGUGUGAGCUCUUGCUUCAUAAUUGUGUUGUAUCGUCCUGCUAAUUGCCUCGCCGUUUUUUUUUGACCGUUCAAUUUUAUUGAUCAAAUUUC